AAACGCGUCAUCCAGAAAAGCAAGGGAAAUGAAGCUGAACAGCGUGGGCGCACUGCUGCAGCAGCUGCAGGAGCCAUCGGAACCCACCACGGCCGCCCGCCGGCCGACUGAGGCUGCCUCUGAUGACGUCACAGAUAUCCGGCCGGGUGACGCCACAGAUCACCGGCCAGCCGACGGAACUGUGCCUGCCGAUGCGUUCGAUCCUACUGCUGGGAAAGGAGAGUGCGCUGUGGACGACUCGGCUGAAGAGGUGGACGUCAGCUUGGGGCGGCCGGGCACGCUGGAGUUUGCCGAGGGCGCGCUAGCGAUGCUGGGCUUCUGCCACGCAGCUACUGAGGACGCCGCCCGGCCAGCCGCCGCCCACGUCACCUACCGCCAGAAGCGGCUCAAGCAGAAGACCCGCGCGCUCAACAUGACAAAGACGGCAUUCAGCCACGACAGUCUGGUCAAAAAGGCGCAGAACCUGAUUGGCGCAUUCCAAUCGGAACAGAGGUCGAAUGGCGUCAGCGCAGAGCAGACGAAGCCGGCCGAAGAGCGUGACAGUACCAGUGAAUCUGUUCACCCUACCAGCGAAUCGGCCGACGUUGCUAGCGAGGUCACUCACCCUGAGGCCAAUGACCCCGGCAAACAGGACGAUGAACCCAAGGCCACUGACCCACCCGCCGCGGGGAGCGGGGCUGCCGACGCCAUUCAGAAGCGAUGCGCGGCCCGCGGCCAGGGCCAGGGUCGCCGCCAAGCGGGGGGCAAACGAAGUCGAGCCGCCCGGCCCGCGCCCGAGGAGAUGCAGAACUCCGCCGAGCUGCGCAAGUACUGGUACCAGCGGUACCGGCUCUUCUCCAGGUUUGACGAGGGCGUGCGACUGAGCGGCCCCAGCUGGUUCUCGGUGACGCCGGAGCAGAUCGCGCGCCACCUGGCGGACCGCUGCCGCGCUGACGUCAUCGUCGACGCCUUCUGCGGCGCCGGCGGCAACGCUAUCCAGUUCGCCUUCACUUGCGAACGAGUGAUCGCCAUCGACAUCGACGCCGAGCAGCUGGCGCUGGCGCGGCACAACGCGGCCGUCUACGGCGUGCGGGACCGCAUCGAGUUCGUGCGCGGCGACUUCUUCACGCUGGCGCCGCGGCUGCGCGCCGACGCCGUCUUCCUCUCGCCGCCCUGGGGAGGUCCCCAGUACUGCGACGCCGACGUGUACGACGUGUACCGGCUGGAUGGCUCCAUGGACGGCCGGGACAUGAUGCGCGCCGCCCGUCAGGUGUCGUCCAACAUCGCCCUGCUGGCGCCCCGCAACGCCAACACGCAUCAGCUGACGGCGCUGGCCGGCCCCGGCGGCAGCGUGGAGAUAGAGCAGAACCUGCUCAACGGCAAGAUCAAGACCAUCACCGCCUACUACGGCGACCUGAUCGCGUGCGGGCACAGCUGACCCGCCGGCGGCCCGCGCUGCGCCCUCGU